AUGGCCAUUCACACUGGAAAGAGGCCUUCACGCGUGCCCCUCAGUGUGGAAAGAGCUUCAGUCCAAAAAGGAGGCCUCAAGAAGCACAUCUCAACUCACACAGGAGAAGCCUUUCACAUGCCCUCGGUGCGGAAAGAGUUUCAGCCAAAAGGAGGCCUUAAGAUCCACAUGAGGAUUCACACCGGAGAGAAGCCGUUCACAUGCCCUCAGUGCGGAAAGAGUUUCAGUCAAAAGGAAGGUCUUAAGAAGCACGUGACGAUUCACACCGGAGAGAAGCCUUACGCGUGCCCUCGGUGCGGAAAGAGCUUCAGUCAGCGAGGAAGCCUCGAGGGCCACAUGAGAGUUCACACCGGAGAGAAGCCGUUCACAUGCACUCACUGCUUGAAGAGUUUCAGUCACUCCGGAUCCCUCAGAUACCACAUCAUGAAAGUUUGCAACAAAGAGAAGCCCGACAGAUCCCCCCAGUGUGGAAAGAGUUCCGGUCAAAGUGGAAAACACGGGACGCUUCAAGCCGGAGACAAGCCUUUCACGUGCAAACAGUGUGGAAAGAGUUUCACUCAAAAAGGAAACCUCAACAAGCACGUGACCAUUCACACCGGAGAGAAGCCGUUCACGUGCAAACAGUGCGGAAAGGGAUUCACUCAAAAAGGAGGCCUUAAUAUGCACAUGAGGAUUCACACCGGGGAGAAACCUUUUACGUGCGAUCAGUGCGGGAAGAGUUACCCUCGAAAAGGAGGCCUCAAGAUACACAUGAGAACUCACACCGGGGAGAAGCCUUUCGCUUGCAAACAGUGUGGAAAGAGUUUCAGUCAGCGAGGCAGCCUUGACAUGCACAUUGAAAUUCACAACCGAGAGAAGCCUAAAGGAAAAACUGAAGAACGAACUGAACUGAAAUGACUUGUCUUUUUAAACUAAAUCGGGCUUCUGUAAAGCAGACUCUUUGGGGAGUUAGUUUUGAAUUCUAAACACCUUUGAGCUACCGAGGCGGUUAGUGUGGGUGUGUUCUGAAACUCCACCUUCUUUUGACGCGGGAUUUAUUUUCCCCUGUUUGUUUCAGGCAAAGCGGCAGCGUCUCCGAUUCAUUAUAUGCAUAGUGUGCUGCCACAGAUAUAUCUGCACCUGUAUGAUUGCUAACGAAAGCAGUUAGUUUCUACGAAGAAAUUACAACGGCGCUUGUGUCGACGGCCCGUCGUAGAUUUGUAGUUAUGCAAAAAGCAACAGAAACAUCAGAUGCAAGUUUUCCAAAACGAUGGUAGCAAGUACCAAAUGCAUCCGUUUGAAAUAAAUACUGCUGCUGCUAGUGUUCUUCAUUCAAGGAGAAUUUAAAAGCCAUGUUUAGAUGAACGUAAACCCCGCCUCCAGCAGCGCCGGAGGGUCAGAAUGUUCGGAAACGGUAUUAU